AUGUCGCGCGUCGGUAGUGAUGAUUUUUUAACCGAUGAUGGUUCCGAUCACGAAGGUGCGGCUGGCGCCGUUCGCAGGAAUACCAACAGAUUUCGGCAAAUGUUAAAAUUACCAGGUUUUUAUCAUAGGGAACCGGGGGUUUGGUUUGCGGAAAUUGAAUUACUAUUCGACUAUGCGGGAGUGAAUACGGAAAAAUCCAAGGCUGGCGCAGUGCUGGCGGCGUUGGAUUUCGAAACAGUGAUGACAAUAAGCGACGUAAUCACUAGCGUCCCUUCACCGGUCGAUAUUUAUAAUCAAAUCAAAGAGCGGCUUAUUCCUAAUUAUUCUGUUUCGUCUGAAUCUCGGUUAAGGCAGCUUUUAAAAGGAGAAUUAUCCGGGGAAGGUAAACCUUCACUUAUAUUGAACCGUAUUAAGAAUCUCGGGCAGGGUAAAUGCAGCGAUGACAUAAUUAAGACGGUUUUCUUAGACCAGUUACCCAGCAAUUGCCGAUCAGCUUUGGCUUUGAGCGAAGUUACAGAGAUCGACAAAUUGGCACUAUUGGCCGAUCGUUUUAUGGAGGCGUCUGUUCCAAACGAUUCUUCUCAAGUUGCUGCAGUUGCUUCGGAUAAUCCUGACAGCGAAUUGUUAAAAAUGAUCGAAGCAUUGUCAGCUAAGGUCGACGCCAUUACCGCUCCAAACAGAUUUCGUCCGAGCCAGCGUUCCGGUAACUAUAACAGUCGAAACAGAAGUAAAUCGUCUAACAAUCGGAAAUUUAAUAAUAAUAAUAAUAAUAAAUUCGAUAGAAAUACCCAUUCUAAAAAACAGUAUAAUAAUCAAAAUAAUUACCCGAGAAAUAAUAAUAAUGAUCAGCAACUUUGUUUUUAUCAUGCCAAGUUUGGAGACAAAGCACUUAAGUGCGUUCCGCCAUGCGUUUGGCAAGCUGGUACGUCUUCGGGAAACUAA